AGGGGAAGAUCGUCCUGAUUUGGACCCCUGCUGUUGCCGUAGUUACCAUGAAUGCAGAUGGAGGAAGGACGGCGAGGAAACAGAACGCCACGGCGGAGAGAACAUCAGAUCAGAACGGAGGAAGACGCCUGAACUUUGACCUCGACUUCGAGACACGGAGACUGGUUCCUGUUGGACGUCCUGAUCUGUCAAGAGGAGGUGCUCCUCCUCCUCCUCCCUCCUCUCCUCUCCUCUAUCACCUCCUCCUCUCUCUCUCUCCUCCUCUCCUCUCCUUUCCUCUCUCCUCCUCCCCCUCCUCCUCUCUCUCCUUCACCUCCUGCUGCUCCUCUGAAGGAGGAGGAGUUCCCUGCAGGACUCCUCCCGUCUCUCGAACUCGGGGAUGUUUGCGGAUUACUAAUAACGGCAGAGCGGACGGCGGCGCCGCGGCGGCGCUGGAAAUGGUCCAAUCAAGUGAGAUGUUAACAUCAAUUGUAGGCUUGGCGGAGGAGCGGCGAGGGAAAGAGGGAUGGCGAAAAUUAAACACACACUUGAUGGGAGGGAAAUUGGCCCCGUUCGCCGUGUCGGCGCCGUUUCACCUCGCCAAAUGAGCACCUUUAGCCGCGGGAGAAGAGAGACCUUUAGAUAAAACAGGAAAUCUUUCUCCUUAUUUCCUCCUCUGUCAGCCUCAACCGCCCGCCAUUCUGUUGUCUGUCACCGCCGCGCUCUAUUACUGUCAUUACGGCAAUCGGCGCCGCCGGUUAAUGUGUUUGUCUAUGUACACAAGUCAGAGGCGGCGUCCGUUUGAAUGACACCCAAUCUACAUGAGGCGGGAUUGGCCUUUUUUGGUUUCGGAGGGAAAUGGGAACCCGCUUUCUUCCUCUUAAUCAGACACCUCUGAUUGAUCCGCCCCUCGCCAUUCGCACGCCAGGCUGACUGACACGCCGCCAAACAGCCCCCCUGACCUCGCCCUCCUCCGGUUACCACUUUAAAGACCUGUUCGGGCGCCAUGGCGGCUCACAGCCUGACAGGCCGACGUUUGGCCUUAAUGGACAAACAGACAACCUACGCUGACACCUUCGCCACCGCCGCUCCGGACUGACGGCGUUCACGGGCUGGAGAUGGAAAAGAGGGGGGGGGGGGGACACAGGCUGAGAUGAGUUCUGACUGUUGGACCUCUUCCUGUCGGCUGAACGAACCGCCAUUUCCUGUUUGGGCUGUAAUGUCUGUAAUACGGGUCACAGCGCCGUUUAAGACGCCGGAGAGAUUGAAACUGAAGACUCAGCACCUCCUACGACUCGGCCAAUCAGAGCGCAGAGACACGACGCAGCAGCUCUUUGACAUCCUGGUCAGUUCGUGACGCUCUCCGGGUUUCUGGGCGCCGUUUUUAAUUCAGACGUAAAACUUGGAUGGAGACCUGGAUCUAUGGGGGGCCAAACAAACGGGGGCCAUGCCCCGCCUAGGACACGCCCCUGCUCAGACAAACGGCGCUCCACUCAGGUCUUCUCAGGGUUUCUACCUGACCACACCCUAAAGGUGACCACGUGGGCGGAGAGUCAGAGUCACAGAGUCAGAGAGUCAGGGAGUCAGAGAGUCAGAGAGUCAGAGAGUCAGAGAGUCAAAGAGUCAGAGAGUCAAAGAGUCAGAGAGUCAAAGAGUCAGUGAGUCAGAGAGUCAGAGAGUCAGAGUCAGAGAGUCAGAGAGAGUCAGAGAGUCAGAGAGUUAAAGAGUCAGAGAGUCAAAGAGUCAGUGAGUCAGUGAGUCAGUGAGUCAGAGAGUCAGAGUCAGAGAGUCAGAGAGUCAGAGUCAGAGAGUCAGAGUCAGAGAGUCAGAGUCAGAGAGUCAGAGAGUCAGUGAGUCAGAGAGUCAGAGAGUCAGUAACAGAGAGUCAGAGUCAGAGAGUCAGAGUCAGAGAGUCAGAGAGUCAGUGAGUCAGAGAGUCAGAGUCAGAGAGUCAGUAACAGAGAGUCAGAGUCAGAGAGUCAGAGAGUCAGAGUCAGAGAGUCAGAGUCAGAGAGUUAAAGAGUCAGUGAGUCAGAGAGUCAGAGAGUCAGUCAGGGAUUCAGAGUCAGAGAGUCAGUAAGAGUGAAAUAGAGUCAGUAGCUCCUGACAGUUUUCUGAGGGAAUCCAGUCCCCCAGGACUCCAGGGUUUUCCAGGCACACAAGCAGGCUUUCCACAGAUUUGUGUGUGUGUGUGUGUGUGUGUGUGUGUGUGUGAUUUCUGAGUGUGUGUGUGUGUGUGUGUGUGCGGUGUGUGUAUGUGUGUGUGAUUUCUGAGUGUGUGUGUUUGGGAUAUUUUUCAUCCCCGCCAGCCUCAGGAAGCUGCAGUCUGGCUGCGGAUCAGCGGUGCGCCUGAGGAGACACCUCUAUGGGAGCAGUGUUUGGAACCAGCCUCACACACACACACACACACACACACACACACACACACACACACACACUCCGUGUCAGAAACCACUUCACGUCCACACACACUGACAGGCCUGAGCACACACAGGUUGACCCGCUAACCUCCGUCCAAACACACACACACACACACACACACACACACACACACACACACACACAGCCGACCACAGAGCAGGUAUCAGGUUUCACGUCCUCCAGUCCGGACCGGACCACAGAGGACAGACACAGACCUGAUGGGGCCUGGAUCGGGGGGGGUCAGCUAAACAAACAGCUGAAGUCGUUUUAAAGCAGCAGGUUCAGGUCUGGUUUCCCAGCAGUGAAAAUAUAUAAACAUCUUUAUUUUAGGACAACCUCAGCUUCAGUUUAUGGAGGAAAAAGGAUGUAAAUGAGACAGAAGAUUCAGAACCAACAAAGUCAACCAAGAA